AUGGCUGCGCCCUUGAGUAGCAUGUAUCGUAUAGGCAGAUGAACAUCUAAUGAUUUUGUCGCCUGGAAAACUCGGCAUCUUUGUCCUCAUAAAGGAAAAUGCAGAAAAGAGAAUUUACAGCAUCACUUCUGGCAGGUGGCUGUGCAGGGAUGUGUGUGGACCUGGCACUAUUCCCCCUGGACACCAUUAAAACACGGCUCCAGACUCCCCAGGGGUUUCACAAGGCAGGUGGUUUCCGGGGAAUCUAUGCCGGCGUUCCCUCUGCUGCUGUUGGAUCUUUUCCUAAUGCGGCUGCAUUUUUUGUCACCUAUGAAUAUAUGAAGGCCCUGCUUGGCAGUUCUUCAUCUCCAUACAUGGCACCAGUUAAACACAUGGCGGCAGCAUCCCUUGGAGAAAUGAUAGCAUGUCUUUUCCGGGUUCCUACAGAGGUUAUAAAGCAGAGAACACAAGCCUGCCCUUCGUCCAGCACAUACCAAGUUCUUCUUAUCACUCUGAGGGAGGAGGGUUUCCUGGGAUUAUACCGAGGUUAUAAAAGUACAGUAUUCCGAGAGAUUCCCUUCUCUCUUGUGCAGUUUCCCUUGUGGGAGUUUUUAAAGGGCCUUUGGUCAUGGAAGCAAGGUCAUGUGCUGUAUUCUUGGCAGUCAGCAGUGUGUGGAGCUUUUGCAGGUGGAGUUGCAGCUGCAGUCACGACACCCCUGGACGUAGCAAAGACCAGAAUUAUGUUGGCAAAGGCAGGUACCACCACGGCUAGAGGAAACAUUCCCUUUGUGUUGCAAGAGGUCUGGAACACAAAAGGAGUCUCUGGAUUGUUUGCUGGCAUUGUCCCCAGAGUGGCCUGGAUCAGCCUCGGUGGUUUCAUUUUCUUAGGGGUCUAUGAGAAAGCUCGCAGCUUGCUGUUGUAGCAGAGAUGAACGCCUGGCUAUUGCAGCGAGUGCCAGUGGAGGAGAAUGAAAGAGAAACAGCAGCAGAUAACCCCCUAGAGCCUCCUUGCCGGUACCUGACAUUCACACUGUGCAUUUUAUCUGUGGACCAUCACGUAAGCGCCUAGAGGAGAAUCGUCUGGCUUUCCACUUGCCAUUUCUUCUGGCUGGAGUCUUUGGACACAUGGAGCAAAGUUAUCAAAGAGGUUGAUGUCGUGUCCAUAACCAUUUCUCAGUAAUUGGUAGUUGUUACUAAAUUGUUUCUCGGAAUAAGAUAAAGGAGAGAAAAGUUGUGCAUUUGGCAUAAAGCAGGUGUGCAGAUAGAUGAUUUGUUGAAUUUGAUUGCACAUUGUCAACUUUCUGUACAAUAGCAAGAAUUUCCUCAACAAAUUGUGUGACAUGAGAAUGGCGUCCCUGUAUCCAGAAUACACACUGCAAACAUAAGUAUUAUAUAUAUAUAUAUAUAUAUAAAAUGUACUUACGAUGUUAAAUUCUGAUAUAUAAGUUGUUUUCAAUCAUACAAGUUUUCCAUUCAGUGAAAUUCCCUUGAAAUAAUGGCAGUUUAUUAGGGUUGCAGUUAAAAAAAAAAAAAAAAAAAAAAAGGUAAAAGUGGCUCCAAUUUCAAUUCACAGCUGUAGCAGUUAUAUGGAUUGGCCCAAUUUGAAUUAAAUGAAAACAUUUGACCUGUGAAAAUGGCAUUAGCAGGCAAUUCCACAUUUCCUGGAAUGACAGACACAGUUAUUAGACCUAUGGAAUACGCAGAUAAUUGCAAACAGAAAAGCAGUAAAAUGAACACAGAUUUCUAUACUAACGUUGUGCUGUUGCACUAAUUAGAAUGGAAUGCUUUCGGAAACCCUUAUUACAUGUAAAUUGAAUCUGACGAAUGGUGGAGUUAAAAUAAUUACUUUAGUUUUAGGAAUCUUAUUAAAAGAAUGUCCUUUUUAAAAAAAAAAAAAAAAAAAAAAAAAAAAAAAAAAAGUGUGUAUUUGAGCAAUGAUGCAAAGACACCAUGUCAUAUUAUAACUGGGUUUUUAAUAAAGACACUUCAGUGUCAUUUGUUAGACACUUGUUCUAUUCCGUGUACAAUCUUUUUACCAAAGUUUAUAUAAAUAAAUAGUUUUGUACAGAAAAGCGAUACUUUCUUUUUAACUCUCCCCUUAUCUCUCGGAAGCAGCACAUAAACAUAGUUGUGGCAGUAAAAAAAAAAAAAAUAAUACAACGUUGAGCUUUUUACCAUUCUAUAUUUGAGGCAAUGUUGUGUGUUCAAUAACAUUUGGUUAGAGAGGGGGAAAUAUUUUUCUGCCAACAGUUUGAAUACAGAUUCUUUCACAUCGUUGUCUAACAUCUUGCUUCCAAUUUGCAAACAAUUUGAUAAACAUAAUCUCUGGUUUGUUUCUUUGAAUCACAGCUUCACGUUUUAUUCUGCAGGUAUUUUCCUUAAUAUUACACAUCCUUUCACUUCCCCACAGCAUCAACAGUACAUUGGCACUCAUAUCAAAAAGUACAAUUCUGUCGAGAAUCAAAAACAGACUAGAAUGAUCUAGUCAAGUAGCUUGGAAAAUAAUGUGUUGCUGUCUCAUGUUACUUAAAACCCAAAUAAGAUUCUCCUUUUUCAAGUGGUCCAUAUUUCUUACUACCGCUACAGUUUAACAAACAUGUAAUAAUAUUAAAACUUUAUUUAUUUUUUAAUAUACACAAACUGAUAAUGUCCACAGGUAACCAACACCAACUGCAGCAGCUUUUGUUUAUGUAAAAUGAUUCUAUAUGGAAGAGCUUGGAUACCAGAUAGUGUUGAGGUUAACACCUCAAUUCAUUCCUAUUUCAAAUAUAACUACAGGAUACAUGAAAAGGAAUCGCAUCCUGAGCACUAAAGACAUUUCUGUCGUACUUUAUUUAUAUAUAAUAUACUAAAUAUGUGGUGACAUGAAUGAAGAUCCCCUAUAGGGCCAAUAGGAAUCAAGAGAUUAACUUUAAAUUGUGGAGCAAAUGACAGGGGAGAUAAGUCUCAAAGUCUUUGGGCUUUGAGAUAAUCACUCUAUGAAAACCAGAAACAACCUUAUAUUAAAAACACUUACACUUGACCAUAUUAAAAAUGGAUUAAUUGAUUAUUAAUCUAAAAUUUAGAUUUUGGCAUUUUAAAUGAAAAUAUGUAGGUUUAUUAUGAAUUAAUGUACAGUACAUAGCUGAGAUUUGUAAAUGAGAUAAGCUAAGAGGCUUUUAGUUUCACCUCUUUAUAAAGCACUGCAUUUAACAAAAGUUGGUAGUGCUUUUUGUUUUGUUUUUAAAUUUAGAGUGACCAAUUAUUAUUAUUAUUAUUAUUAUUAUUAUUAUUUCAUAGUUA